AUGGGGAGCGACGCGAGCCACGCGACGGAACGGAUUUUGGGGAGUGAGGAUCGCUCUUCCGGUGAGACCGGGUCUCCCGGGGAGAGACGGCUUAUACCCGGAGAGGGGACGGAGCUCUCCAACUCGUCCAGUGAGGAGACGGUCCCGGACCCAAGACCCUGGUGCCGGACCCCUCAAGCGUCCCCUCACAGACUCCCCAGCCCUCCCCCAUGCCCGCUGCGGAAGCACAAGAACAACAGAAAACCCAGAACUCCCUUCACCACGUCCCAGCUGCUGUCCCUGGAGAGGAGAUUCCGGCAGAAACAGUACCUCUCCAUCGCGGAGAGAGCAGAGUUCUCCUGCUCCCUCAGCCUCACGGAGACCCAGGUCAAGAUCUGGUUUCAGAACCGCAGGGCAAAGGCCAAGAGGCUCCAGGAGGCCGAGCUGGAGAAGAUCAAACUGGCGUCCAAACCGCUUCUCCCCGCCGCAUUCGCGUUCCCCUUCCACCACAACAUGGGCCCUCUUUACGCGGCCCUCCAAGGACCCCGGCACGCCCUGUCGGUCCCUGGACUCUACAGCGGGCCCUACGGGAUGUACUACUUGUCAUAA